AUGGCAGCAUUAAUUUGUGUUAUAUUGUUAUAUUCAUACAAUCCACCACUAGAGUGCAGUGACAGCAAUAAAAAUUGUGCCUACUGGGCCGGAAUCGGAGAGUGUGAACGAAAUCCGACUUAUAUGACCAAGUUUUGUAAGAAGAGCUGUGCUGUCUGUUAUGAGACAGUUUGUGAGGACAUUGCAGGUGAACACUGCCCUCUAUGGGCUGAACUUGGAGAAUGUGAAAAGAAUCCUUACUACAUGUUGGCCAACUGUCAACGAAGUUGUCGUAGCUGCAUUAUUGAUAUUAACGAUUGUGAUCCAAAUCCGUGUCGAAAUGGUGGGACGUGUUUUGAUGGGUCACAUGACUACAAUUGUACCUGUACAUUGGCGUAUACAGGCAAAAGUUGUGAUGAAGAAGUAGACGAGUGUUUAAGUAAUCCGUGUAUGAACGGCGGUACUUGUCACGACAAAGUCGGAUCAUAUAACUGUACGUGUGCGGCUGGGUGGACGGGACACUCCUGUAAUCGAGAGUCCGAUGAGUGUCUGAGUAAUCCAUGCAUGAAUGGUGCCACAUGCGUAGAUCAACUUGCGAACUACACGUGCCAGUGCAUCGAUGGAUGGACCGGUCGAAACUGCGACAUUGAUUUCGACGAAUGCUUUAGUCAGCCAUGUCAAAAUGGCGGUUCUUGUUACCAUGGAGCCGGUCGUUUUUUAUACGUGUGUCAUUGUCCGCAUGGAUGGAAAGGAAGAAACUGCGAAUUAGACGUUGACGAGUGUCUCAGCAACCCUUGUAUUAAUGGCGCUACUUGCGAGAAUGGUAAAAACCUGUAUACCUGUAAAUGUCCUGUUGGGUUCGAAGGUCUGACGUGCGAGUCCGGACCUAUGUGCACCAUGUGCAACAUGUGCCACACGCCAUUCUGCGGUGAUCCUUGGUCACCGUUGCCUGGGUCUAAUGGUAGAGAUUGCUAUGUACCCGUGGUAUUUGGAGCAGUGGGUACGUUGACGCGAGAAAUUGGAUCAGUAUUUGUGGUGCAAAAACAUGUCCUAUGGCAUCUGGGUAUCAACGUGAUUUCUAAGGCCAUAUCUUUGAAACUGAGGUCAAUUGAUGAACUCACUUGUGCCAUUGUAAAGUGUUUCAGUGCAUUACUUAUUUCCUGA